AUGUGCAAUCAGGACCAGUGCCUCUCUGUCUUUGGCGAAAUCAAUGUGCAAUCUCGACCACGUCGUGUUUGUCUUUGGCGAAAUCAAUGUGCAAUCUCGACCGCUGACUCUCUGUCUUUUCUGAAAUCAAUGUGCAAUCUCGACCAAAGCGUGUCUAUCUUUGGCGAAAUUAAUGUACACUCUCGUCAAGGCAGGUCUGUCUUUGGCGAAAUGAAUUUGCAAUUACGACCACCGCCUCUGUCUUCGGCGAAAUUAAUGUGCAAUCUCGACCAAUGCCUCUCUGCCUUCGGCGAACUCAAUGUGCAAUGUCUACCACGGCGUGUCUGUCUCUGUCCAAAUCAAUGUGCAAUCUCGACCGCUGACUCUCUGUCUUUGACGAAAUCAAUGUGCAACCUACGACACGGUGUGUCUGUCUUUGGCGAAAUCAAUGUGCAAUGUCGACGACGGCGUUUCUGUUGUUGGCGAAAUCGAUGUUCAAUCUCGACCACUGCCUCUCUGUCUUUGGCGAAAUCAGAGAGCUAUCUAUGA